AUGGCCAGCAGGACCGCAGCGGGGGCCCGGCUGCCGGAGCGGCCGGGGCCGAGGCGGCGCGCCGGGAGCCCGCGGGCGCAGGGGAGGCACCUGCUCUGCAGCUUGCCGGCGGCGCAGACCCUGGCCAGGGUCAUCCGGCCUUGCUACGGCCCCCACGGCCGGCAGAAGCUCCUGGUCACCGCCAGAGGAACCACCGUGCUGACGGGCUACGCCGCGGCCAUCCUGCGCGCGCUGGAGCUGGAGCACCCCGCGGCGCGGCUCCUGCGCGAGGCGGCCCACACGCAGGCGGAGAGCAGCGGCGACGGCGCGGCCUUCGUGGUCCUGCUGGCGGAAGCGCUGCUCCUGCAGGCCGAGCACCUGCUGCGCGCCGGCCUGCCCCGCUCCCAGCUGCGCGAGGCCUACGCCGCGGCCACCGCGGAGACCCUGGCCCUGCUGCCCUCCCUGGCCAUCCGCUCCCUGGGGCCUCUGGAGGAUCCGUUUGGGGCCCUCUACUCGGUGGUGAACACCCACGCCGUGUCCCGGGCCGACUGCUUGACCAAGCUGGUGGCCCACGCGUGCUGGGCCACCAAGGAGCUGGACGGCGGCUUCCGACGCGAGCGCGUGGGCGUGUGCACCCUGCGAGGGGGGAGGCUGGAGGACUCGUGCCUGCUCCCGGGGCUGGCCUUGUGCGCCGAGCCCUGCGGGCAGGUGACCGCGGUGCCCGGCGGCGCCAGAGUGGCUCUCUUCGUUUGCGGCUUUGGUCCCACCAGUCCAAAUGCACCGGCCACGGCCCGGCUCUCCGGCCCCGCUGACCUGGCCACGUUCAGGAAAGGAAGUGAGCGGUUGAUAGAAAAGCAGGUGGCCCAGCUGGCCAGCGCGUGCAUUAACGUGGCGGUGGCAUGGGGGGACAUCGAUGAGAAUGCCCUGACGCAGGCUGACAAGCACAACAUCAUGGUGAUUCGAGCCAGGUCCCGGAGGGAUAUGGUUUACUUGAGUGAGGUGCUGGGCACACCUUUGAUGUGUCACCUGCUUCCUCCCCCGAAGCCAGGGAAGUGCCGGAGGGUCUACCAGCAGGAGCUGGGGGAAGGUUUGGCCGUGGUGUUUGAGUGGGAAUGUCCGGGCACCCCUGCCGUUCCCUUGGUCCAAGGGGCCACAGCCCAGGGGCUGCAGGGCACGGAGCAGGCCGCCUGUGGCAUCGAUGCCUGCUUCCAGCUGUGCCAAGAUCCCAGGCUGCUUCCGGGAGCAGGGGCCACGGAGAUGGCUCUGGCGAAAACGCUCUCAGAAAAAGGAAGCAAACUGGAAGGGCCUAACGGUCCUGCCUCCCUGGCAUUUGCACAGGCCCUUCGGUCUCUUCCUGAAACCUUGGCAGAGAACGCAGGCUUAGCCGUCUCCCAAGUGAUGGCAGAGAUGAACAGAGCUCACCAGGCUGGCAACUUCCUAGUAGGAGUGGGGGUCGAAGGGAUAAUAAACGUGGCCCAGGAAGAGGUGUGGGACACCCUGACAGCCAAAGCCCGAGGACUCCGGGCCGUAGCUGAUGUGACACUGCAGCUCGUGAGCGUAGACGAAAUUGUAGUGGCCAGGCAAAGCGCCACGUAUCAACGGGACUCGAAUCCUGUCCCCAAAAAGGCCAAGGGAUGCCUGUUUCCUGCCACGGAAGCCCGCGUGUCCGGGGCGAGGCUGCUUGUGCAGGAGUUUGCGUGGAGUCAGGCCAAGCUUUCACACGGCCGCCCGCAGGCCUCAGGCUCCGCAGCCCGGGGCCCUCUCCCUCCUCGAAGCCCGAGCCGCCCGCCACACAAGUCAGCACGCGAGGCCGCCACCAGUCUCGCGCAUGCGCCGUCCGCGCAGAACGGAAGGAAACACCGGAAAUGGCCGGCCGCCAUCUUGAGGCCCACUGCCUGUCUGUGGGUCCUUGGAGUGCCUAUGACAGUCCCUGGUCUAGGGCCGGGCCCGGGCCCAGGCCCAAAAGGUCCAACCGGGGUGAACUGGUGGAAUCUGGCCUGGAUCAGGGAUAGCAAUAACCAUCUUCGUGCUGAUAUUUACCGCGUUUGCGCCAGCCCUCCGCCCAGCAGCGCGGGGAGGUGGGUCCCCGCGGCCGAGUCCGGGGGCGGGCGGAAUGGAGGCGUGGGGCGGGGAGAGGGACGCGCGCGGACGACCCGACAGAUGGGCCCCGGGAGGAAACCCGGGAAGGCGUUUUCGGCCUCCUACUCGGGGAGAAAGGAAAAGCGAGUGACGCAAAAAGGAGGAAAGGGGCAGGAGGAGAGCGUGCGGGCAGCGCAGGGCGCCGAGCGCUGGGGGCAGGCGCAGGAGGGCAGCGAGCGCGCCGCGGAGCUCGGCUCCCGGGACGGCGGGCGACGCGGAGGGGAGACGGGGAAUGCUGGCAGCGAAGUGGCGAGGGACCGGAACAGAACUCGGGAGGACGCCGGCCACGAAGGACCCGGCAGAGACCUAGCGCUGAGCCGCCAGCCGGGCGGAGCUGCGCAGGAGGGGCCGCGGAGAGGGUCACGCGCCUCCCCGAGCCAGGGCGCCCCCGCCCUGCGCGGCCCAGCGGGUGGCCCGCGGGCCGGCCCGGCUGCUUCCUCUUCCUGCCGGCGGUGGGGGCGGGGCGGGCUCCGGGACACCUGCCUCCCCGGCCCUGCGGCGGCCGCUCGUUUUCCCUCUGCUCCCAGGCGCUCGUCCGCACGGGCUCUCCCUGAGACAGUCGGGCCCACCGCGGCUCCGCAGUUGAAAACAGGGCCCUCCCGAGCAGCCAUGCAAAGUUGCGAACUCCCCACGGCGCCGCUCGUUCGUGGGGAACGGUGGCCCAGUCCCCGCGUUCGCGGAAGCCGGCUGCCGGCGCACUACUUGGCGCGGAAGGAGCCGCGGGCGGCGGAGGGAUCCCGUGGCCGCAGCACGGAGCGGUCGGGGCCGAGGCCCGGCCCCGCGGCGGCGAGGUGCGCGGAGCAGAGCCGGGCGGCCAGCCGCGCCGGUGCGUCCCAGUCACCUGCCCCCGCGGGAGAGCAGGCGGCUCGCGGGCCCCGGGCGGCGGGGCGGCGCUUUGUGUCUCUGGUGUAG